AUGACUGAAGAACAGUUCCAACUCCUCAGGAAUUUAUAUGAGAAUGUAACGCAACCUAGAUGUUUUAGAGGUGUGAAUGUGCUACUCAAAGCAGCAAAGAAUGAGGACAGAAACAUAAUUAAAGCAGACGACAUAGUCAAAAGCUAUGUCCUGCAGAACUCACUGCACAAGAGUUUAGGGAAUGAGCAGACGCCCAAGGAGGUGCAUGCGAUGAAGACUAAAGCGGACAUUAAAAGUCAGUUCUCGAGAAUGUAUAAACACACCUUUCCAACAACGGGCCACAUCAGUUCAACCUUGAAAGUUGGAGACACCGUCAGCAUAGCUGACAAAAACCAGAAUGCUGCUUUCAGGAGAGGAUACACAGUUCAAAACACUCUAGAAAUUUCUAAAAUCAAGAAGCUCAGCUCGUCACUCUGCAAAAUUCUACAAGAUUUAGCGGGAGAAGAAAUAAAAGGUACAUUCUACAGAGAAGAAUUAAUACCUACCAAAUUGCCUGAAACCUACAACAUUGCCAUCUUAGGGAGUAGGAGGAGAGGCAACAGAAUGCAAUAUUAUGUUAAUUGGAAGGGUUAUCCUGCUCAAUUUAAUUCGUGGGUCGACGUAUCCCUAGUUGUGUGGACAUGA